AUGUCGACCGCUCCAAGCCUCCGCCAGCCGCGGCCGCCGGUCACCCCAGCACCACCGCACGCAGAGCUACCGGCCAUUGACGCCUCCGGCGGGAGCCACCACGACCGAGCCCCCCCUGCGUGCAGCCAACUACCAUGGCCGAUGCCUGCCUUCGCUGCGGAGCCACUGCCUCCACCGCGAGCUGCUGCAGUCCACCAUCGCAGGCCGUUUCCUCCGCUCCCCGCGACCUCGGAACUUGAUAAAUCUGGAAUCUGGAGGAUUCUAGGAAUUUUGGAAUUCGGGACCAAUGAUUAUGGACUUGAGGCAAGAAGUGCCCGAGGCUUGGGACAAGACGUGGCCUGGGAAUUUGAGGAAGAAAACUUCAAACCAAAAGCCAAUGAAAACAAUGGCAAUGAGAAUGGGAAUAAUGGGAAUAAUGCUAACAGAACUAUUAGAGAAUUGGCUGCCCCUGAUGUGCAUUAUCAACCCUUGUGUAUUCAGUAUCCUCAAUUGCAAGUAAACUUUGAACUGAAAUCUGGAUUGAUACAUUUGCUGCCUAAGUUUCAUGGUCUUGCAGGUGAAGAUCCACACAGGUACUUAGUGGAUGCUGCAUCUGGAGGAGCCUUAGUGGAAAAGACACCAGUUGCAGCCCGGGACUUAAUUUCAAAGAUGGCUCAAAACGCACAACAAUUUGGUACCAGGUUAAACACUCCCAUGAAGACUGUCAAUGAGGUUGGUUUUGCUGCACCUAUGAACCAAAGGAGAAUAGAAAAUAGGCUGGAAGAACUAACUUCAAUGGUUCGCCAGUUAGCCCUUGAUCGAAACCAGCCCCAACAGGAUAACACAGAAUCAUGCAAUGGAAUCUUCCCUGGAAGACCGUUUCAGCAACAGCCACAACUGAAUAGGUAUGAUCCUUGUGCUCCCACCUACAAUCCGGGCUGGAGAGACCAUCCCAACUUCAGAUAUGGGGGUGCUUCAACUCAACCAUUCCAACAGAGGUUCAAUGCACCAGGUCAGAGUAAUGCCACACCAAUGAAGCAACAAGCACAGACAUUACCCAAGACAGAAUCGAGCUUGAAUGACAUAGUGCAGCAAUUGGCUGCCAAUACUCUCAAAUUCCAACAACGGACUGACACCACCAUACAGAAUUUGGAGACACAGAUUGGGCAGUUAGCAACUAACAUAAAUGAGUUAAGGAGUCAAGGCUCGGAUCAGCUACCUUCACAGUCAAUAUCCAAUCAAAAGGGGAAUGUGAGUGCGAUCAUGCUGCGUAGUGGUAAAGAAGUGGAUGUUCCAGAGAAGAUUCCUUCAUAUGUCUUGAUUGUAGUAGAGAGUGAUCCAUGUGAUGCAUGUUCUGAGAUUACUGCAUUUCUAGAUAAUCAUGAUUCUAAUAUUCAAAUUGAGCAUGCACAAUCUGAUUCUUAUACUUCUCCUGGGGAGGAUAGUGUUUCUGCUAACCAUGUUGUCCCCAAGAAGACAGGUUUCACAGUGGUGGCUAAUGAAAGAAAUGAGCUAGUGCCCAUGAGAGUGCAGAACAGCUGGAGGGUCUGCAUCGACUAUAGGAAGCUCAACCAAGCAACCAGAAAAGAUCAUUUUCCCCUUCCAUUCAUCGACCAAAUGUUGGAGAGGUUAGCAGCACCAGAGGAUCAGGAGAAGACCACCUUCACUUGUCCUUUUGGCACUUUUGCCUAUCGAAGGAUGCCAUUUGGCCUAUGUAAUGCUCCAGUAUUCAUGGAUGACUUUUUUGUUUAUGGCACCUCAUUUGAUGACUGCUUGGUUAGCUUGGGUAAAGUUUUGGAAAGGUGUGUUGAGAAAAACCUUAUUUUGAAUUAUGAAAAAUGUCACUUCAUGGUUGAGCAGGGCAUAGUCUUAGGUCAUGUGAUCUCCAAACAGGGUAUAGCAGUCGAUAGUGCCAAGGUGGAUAUCAUUGCUUCUUUACCUUACCCCGCGUCUGUGCGGGAAGUUCGCUCUUUCCUUGGCCAUGCAGGGUUUUACAGGAGAUUCAUCCAAGAUUUCAGUAAGAUUGCAAUUCCAUUAUCCCACCUCCUCCAAAAGGAUGUGGAUUUCAAGUUUGAUGAACAAUGCAAGCAAGCCUUCGAGGAACUUAAGAGGCGAUUGACUUCUCCACCGAUCAUCUAG